GACCCCAGCUUCCAUCCGCGCCGCGUCCCCAGCCAGGCCUGCUGCUGUCCACGCGAGCCCGGCACCCUCUCCCCGCCACCGGUCGGCCAGGAGCCCCGGCCCGGUUUUAAUUCUCUUGUCCACUUCUCCUGCCCCUUGGCCACCACCCCAGAAGGCUGGAGCAGGGACGUCGUUGCUCCGGCCGCCUGCUCCCCUCGGGUCCCCGUGCGAGCCCACGCCGGCCCCGGCGCCCACCUGCAGCCCUGCCCCUGGACACUGGAUAAGGCCCAGCGCACAGACUCCCGGGUGGACAGCAUGGACCGCGGAACGCUCCCCCUGGUCACUGCCCUGCUGCUGGCCGCCUGCAGUUUCGGCCCCACGAGUCUUGCGGAAAGUGUCCACUGUGACCUACAGCCUGUGGACCCCCAGAGGGGAGAGGUGACAUACACCACCAGCCAGGUGUCUGAGGGCUGCGUGGCACAUAAUCCCAACGCUCUUCUUGAAGUCCACGUCCUCUUCCUGGAGUUCCCAGAUGAGUUGGCAAAGUUGGAGCUGACCCUCCAGGCAUCCAAGCAAAAUGGCACCCGGCAUCGGGAAGUGCUUCUGGUUCUCGUGGCGAACAAGAGCGUCUUGCUGCAGCUCCAGGCUCUGGGAAUCCCACUCCACUUGGCCUACAACCCCAAACUGGUCUUCUGCCAAGAGCUCUGGGGAGCCAACCACACAGAGCUGCCAUCCUUUACCGCCAAGAGCCAGAUCCUUGACUGGGCGGCUACAAAGGGCCCCAUCACCUCAGCUGCGGCGCUGGAGGACCCCAGCAGUGUCCUGCUGCGGCUGGGCCAAGAUGAAGAAACAGAGGCCCGGGGACUUGCACAGGGUGGCUCAGAAGCCCUGAAGUCACCAUCCUUCUGUUUGCUGGAAGCCGGCCGGGACAUGGGCCGCACCCUCGAAUGGCAGCCGCGGGCCCCGGCUCUGGUCCGGGGCUGCCGCCUGGAGGGCGUGGCCGGCCACAAGGAGGCGCACAUCGUGCGGGUGCUGCCGGGUGCUGGAGCCGGGCCCCGGACCGUGACAGUGAAGGUGGAACUGAGCUGCACCUCCAGGGAUCCCGACGCCAUCCUCAUCCUGCAGGGCCCACCCGACGUGUCCUGGCUCAUCGACGCCAACCACAACAUGCAGAUCUGGACCACUGGCGAGUACUCCUUCAAGAUCUUUCCAGAGAAGAACAUCCGUGGCUUUGUGCUCCCAGAUACACUCCAAGGCCUGCUGGGAGAGGCCCGGACGCUCAACGCCAGCAUCGUGGCCUCCUUCGUGGAGCUCCCUCUGGCCAGCGCUGUCUCGCUGAGGGACCCCAGCUGUGGCGGUGGACUACAGACCUCACCUGCACCGGUCCCAACCACCCCUCCCAAGGAGAGCUGCAGCCCAGAGCUACUCAUGUCCCUGAUCCAGCCCAAGUGCGCCCAUGACGUCAUGACUCUGAUACUGAAGAAAGAUCUGGUGGAGGCUCUCAGGUGCACCAUCACAGGCCUGACCUUCUGGGACCCCAGCUGCAAGGCUGAGGACAGCGCGGAUCAGCUCGUCUUGCGCAGCACCUACUCCAGCUGUGGCAUGGAGGUGACCACACACGUGAUCAGCAAUGAGGUGGUGGUCAAUUUCCUAUCUGGCCUAUCACCACUUCGGAAAAAGGUGCAGUGCAUCAACACUGAUGGCCUCUCCUUCCGGCUGGGCCUCUACCUCAGCCCACACUUCCUCCAGGCCUCCAGCACCAUCGAGCUGGGGCAGCAGGGCUUUGUGCAGGUGGGCAUGUCCCCAUUGAUCCCUGAGGUCGUGCUUCAGCUCGACAGCUGCCACCUAGACUUGGGGCCUGAGGCAGACACCGUGGAACUCAUCCAGGGCCGGGCAGCCAAGGGCAGCUGUGUGAGCAUGCUGUCCCCCAGCCCUGAGGGUGACCUACGCUUCAGCUUUCUCCUCCGUGUCUACAUGGUGCCCACACCCACAGCUGGCACCCUCAGUUGCACUGUGGCCCUGCGUCCCAGGACCUGGUCCCAGGAAGUCCACAAGACUGUCUCCAUGCGCCUGAGCAUCGUCAGCCCUGGCCCGCCUGGCAAAGGCCUGGUCCUGUCCACCGUGCUGGGCAUCACCUUUGGCGCCUUCCUCAUUGGGGCCCUGCUCACCGCGGCGCUCUGGUACAUCUACUCGCACACGCGUCCCCCCAGCAAGCGGGAGCCCGUGGUGGCGGUGGCUGCCCCGGCCUCCUCUGAGAGCAGCAGCACCAACCACAGCAUCGGGAGCACCCAGAGCACCCCCUGCUCCACCAGCAGCAUGGCGUAGCCCCCAGCCCGGAACCCUGGGCGCCCCCUGCCGGAGAGACUGAGCAGCCACCAGCUGGGAACCACUGGCCACCAACUCUCCCCAGGACCCCAGUGCCUCCACUCAACUGAGGACGGAGCAUGCUCUCUGCACCGGCCCUGCCCGCCCCCCUCUCAGGGGCCUGCUGCCAGCGGGGGCACCGACUUGGAACACCAUGGGGUCCCCCCACCCCAUUCCACAGAACCUCCAAACCCAGGGGCUCUGCGACACAGCUGCCCAGGACCACAGAGGACGAGAUCACUGCCUCAUUCGUCCACACUGCUGACAGAAACUCCAGUCCCAGCCAUUUAACCUGGUUGCUGCGCCGGCGAACUGUGCUGGGGCCCAGCCGCCCAGGCCAACAGCACCUCCACCAGGGGAAGGAAAAGGGGUCCACCCCAAGGCCACCUUGACCUGGUGCCCGUGGCCUCCACACCUGAACUGGUACAACUUUGGUGGGGGAAACAGAAGCCAAGAGGCGCCCGGUCUGAGAGUCCAGAGGGCAGCAAGAAUAGUGGGGUGAGGGAGCCCAGCUCCCCCCACCACUGCCACAUGGUGACCCCCUCCCGGCCACUGGACAGGCAGCAGGUGGAGAGUGGCCAGGCUGCUUGUCCUGGGCUCACCCCUGUAUAUUUACCAUCAA